AUGAAGUCCAUCCUCCAACUCACCGCCGCCGCGGCCCUGGCCGUCAACAGCGUUGCCGGGCAUUACAUAUUUCAGCAAUUCUCGUCAGGGGGCACCAAGUACCCGGCGUGGAAGUAUGUGCGGCGCAACUCGAACCCGGCGUGGCUGCAGAACGGCCCCGUCACGGACCUGUCGUCGACGGACCUCCGCUGCAACGUCGGCGGCCAGGUCAGCAACGGCACCGAGACCAUCACCAUGAAGGCCGGCGACCAGUUCACCUUCACCCUCGACACGGCCGUCUACCAUGCCGGCCCCGUCUCACUGUACAUGUCCAAGGCGCCGGGUGCAGCGGCGGACUAUGACGGAAGUGGGCCGUGGUUUAAGAUUUAUGAUUGGGGCCCGUCCGGCUCGACCUGGCCCAUGAGGGACUCGUACACGCAGAACAUCCCCAGCUGCAUCCCUGACGGUGAAUACCUCCUCCGCAUCCAGCAGAUUGGGCUUCACAACCCCGGCGCUGCGCCUCAGUUCUAUCUUAGCUGUGCUCAAGUCAAGGUGACCAACGGCGGCAGCAAGACACCGUCCCCGACUGCGCUAAUCCCGGGGGCUAUCAAGAGCAGUGAUCCGGGAUUGAAUGUCAACAUCUACAAUGGAGCUAUCACCAACUACGUCGUUCCAGGACCAGCAGUCUUCACUUGUUAG